AUGAUAGGUUUUUUGAUGGACGAUAGUAUCAUUGGCAUGUUAUCUUUAAAUUUCAUCUGUGAAACUACCUUUCCUGCUACGACUGCCUUUCCUACUACAGUUGCACCUCCGGUUCCCUUUCCAAACUUGACGCAUCAGGCCAUGUCAAUGCCGGUUCAACAAAAAGAAGGAACCAAAGAAUUUAUUCUAACCGGUGAGCUGUCCCACUUGUGCCCAUUUAAUGGUCCUGUUCGGAGGCGUCCUGAAGGAUGCAACCUUUUUAUUUAUCAUCUUCCCCAAGAAUUUGGCGAUCAGGAGCUCGCACAAAUGUUCAUGCCAUUCGGGACUGUUAUAAGCGCUAAAGUUUAUGUUGACCGUGCAACGAAUCAGAGCAAAUGUUUUGGCUUUGUCAGCUUUGACAAUCAAUCCAGCGCUCAGAGUGCCAUCCAGGCAAUGAACGGUUUUCAGAUUGGCAUGAAACGCCUGAAAGUGCAGCUUAAACGACCUAAAGGUCUAACAGGGGGCUCGCAAGCUCCCUAG